AUGAAUAUAAAAGAUUUGCUACACAAUGAAAUUAUCAUAAUAAAAAUAUCCCAAUUUUUGACCAUACUGGAGAUUCAAAAUUUAAUCAUUUCGCUCAGAAUUAAUGUUAAGACCAACUUGUACUUUAUGAAUGAGUGUCUGUCCAUAUUGCUGGACAAGGAAUACACAGGGGAAGAGGAGAAGAAAAAUUCAGGAGUAAAGAACAAUGCGGAAAGGAAUGAAGGAGAACCACCACCACCCUCUUCAUCUAUACCUAUAUCCAACCUAAGUGCGAACCAAAAUGAUAGGCGUAGCCCCUUCGAGGAAAACGAAACACAUGAGGGGAAUGCCAAUUGGAGUAACACUGUUACACAAAAUGAGCCCUACUCAAACGGGGAAGUAAUCGAUUUGGUGACCUACGAAGAAGACCGCACGAAUGAUUUGGGGCAGCCCCCAUUCGAGGAAGCAACAGAGCGAAAGACAGAAUCAGAAUCAAAAUCAAAAAAAAAAAAGUACAACAACUUCUACGGAAAGAACGUAAAAAAAGUUGGGAACCUGCGAUCAAUUAGGGAAUGCUUGAAUGUUAAAUUUUACUCAAAAGGGAAGAGACCGCUACACAACACAAACUACCAAAAUGAAGGAAGCAGACGGUUCAAACAUAUUUGGCUAUACAUGCAUCUCUACCAUGAAAUAAUAGACUUGAAAAAAAAAUUUAAAAAUGGAUUUUUAAAAAUAAAAAAUAAUCAAGUUGUGGUUAAAAAUAGGAUUACACGAUUUGAUCCUUUUCAGCUGUACAAAAUUCAUGGAAAAUAUUAUUCCAUUUUUGAUGCCCCUUGGGUUUCUGUAUAUUUCCAAUUCUGCUUAAAUGCCAUUUGCAUAUUUUGUCAACAGAAAGUUGACAGGAAUUCCUUAUGUGUAUUUGCAGAGAAAAUUAAUUUAACAGUGUCAAAUAAAUUGCUUUUAAAUUAUUUUAAUCAUAUUAUAAAAUCGGGGCAGAGUAACUUGCACGUAAACGAGGAAGAUAGUAGUGGUAAACCCAUUACAGAUGAACCCCCUAAGGGAGGAGGGGCUGGCGAAUUGGGGGAACCACCACAGAAGAGGACAAAAGUAAGGCCUGAUUCUACCGAAGAUUAUCACGAAUUAGAUUGUGACUCCCUCAAGGGUCAACACCGUGGUGAUGAUUGGGACAAUGAUGUGCGCAAGGAGGAUAACGCGGACGCCCAUUCGCGGCGUGGAAGUAUUGACAACCUUCCGUUGGAGGGGAAGAGCGAUGCGAUGUCGAUGAAAGACUCGAAGGAUUCCUCCAUGGGAGAUCAUAACGAUUCUUUCUCCAUGGAAGACACGGAAGGUUCCCUCGUCAUCAGAGACGCCAACGAUAGCACCUCGUUGGGAGGAGGAAGCACCGUCGGUGGCAUGUCGUUGCAGGACACGGACGACAACGUGUCGUUCCACUCGCAAAACCAACCGCAAGAAGACCUCGUUCAAAUCAGAGAAGAAUUCCUAGCCGUAAGAAAAACGCAUAUUUUCUGCGACGAUUGCUCAAGAAUCCUAGAGUACAGAAUGAACAUCAAGUCCAUCUUUGAAGCAUUGAAAAAAGAUUACGAAUUGUUAAAAAAACUGAAAAUCAUGACAAAAACAUUUAAGAUCCCCAAACAUCUUUUUUGUAUGUGUAAUUAUUUCUUUUUUAAGGACAAAUAUAUUUUGUAUUUUAAAAAAGUUUCCAAUAAUUUGCAAAGUUUGAGAAAAAUAUUAAAAAAAAAAUUAAUAAAUAAUUUUAUAUUCACCUUUUCAUUAAAUUUUUACAAAUUUGUAAUUCGAGCACUGCUAACAUGUGAUGACAAGAAAGUUUAUCAUUCCGAGGACAUUUUUUUGUUUGGCUUUUACGUCAAGUACAGGAAUUUAUUAAAUAUGUUUAACAGCCCCAGGAUUAUUUAUGUGUACUAUUCCUUUCAUGUCAUAUUGGACAAAAUUAAAAAGCUUCAGCUUCUUUUCAGUCAUAAGCAUUUCUUAAAGUUGACGCAUAAUCUGCACUUUGACGUCGUCGCCAUAAUUGAAAAACUCAAACGAUCUGAUGCUAAAAGAAUUUACAUGGGAAUUUCAAAGUACAUAUAUGACAAGGUUAAUGAAGACAUGUUAUCAACGAGCACCUACGAGGAACUCUAUGUGUACUUUUUCAAGUGUGUGAAAAAUUACAAAUUUGUCUAG